AUUUCACCAAAAUUUUUCAGAUAUUGGCGUCCGCAAGUGCUGUUGUUGGUGAGUCGUCCGGCGACCAGCUGUCCGCUGAUGGAUUUCGUGAACGAUCUGAAGAAGAGUGGCUUGUACGUGAUCGGGCACGUACGCAAAGGGUCGAUGGAUCAGGACCCAUCGGCACACGACCCGCUACAACAGGUCUUUCCAUAUUGGUUAUCGUUGGUGGAUUAUUUGAAGUUGAAAGCGUUCGUUGAGUUGACGGUGUCGAAAUCGAUUCGGGAGGGGUGUCAGCAGUUGAUGCGUUUGUCCGGUUUGGGUGCGAUGAAACCGAACAUGGUGGUGAUUAGCUAUCACGAGAAGACACCCACAGAGACGACGUUGGUGGAGACGUGCCUGCUGAAGGAUUUGAAAUACUCGAGGAUAGAUAGGGCCGAGGUGGUGGAGUAUUUCACUGCUGCGGAUUAUAUGCCGAGGGAGAUGAAUGGGUCGUGUGAACGUUUAACAAAUGAGGAAUACGUACACAUUUUGAACGAUGUGCUGCAUAUAAAUAAGAGUUUAUGCGUGGCCAGGCACUUCCAUAGACUCGAUAAGGAGACUUUGAGAACGUGGAACGGGCAGAAGAAAUUCAUCGACGUAUGGCCGGUUUGUAUGCAGAAACCGGGUGAGACGGGACUGGGAUGGGGUCAAAGGUCAUCGUUGGAAAUUGUUUUCCAGUUUUUUGAAAAAUUUUUGGAAUGUUUCCAGUUUUGA